AUGACCACCGAAAUUGAUUUGGGCAUUACUGCCGAUAUGCAUGUCCAUCUUCGGGACGGCAGAAUGAUGGAGCUUAUAACGCCAACCGUCAGAGAAGGAGGUGUUUCCAUUGCUUAUGUGAUGCCCAAUUUGGUGCCUCCCAUUACAACCUUAAAACAGGUUAUUGAUUACAAGAAAAAGUUGCAACAGUUAGCACCCAAGACCACAUUUCUCAUGUCUUUCUAUCUCAGUAAAGAGCUCUCUCCCGAACUCAUUCAUGAGGCAGCAAAAUUAGGUGCUAUUCAUGGAGUGAAAUGCUACCCUGCUGGAGUCACUACCAACUCGUCUGCUGGUGUGGAUCCCAAUGACUUUACUCCAUUUUACCCCAUUUUCAAAGCGCUCGAGGAGGAAAAUCUCGUAUUGAAUCUUCACGGAGAAAGACCACCCAGUAAAGAUGACGGUGAAGAUAUUCACGUAUUAAAUGCUGAGCCACUCUUUUUACCAGCACUUCGAAAAUUGCAUGAAGACUUUCCACGACUCAAGAUCAUCUUGGAACACUGUACCACGAGGGCUGCCAUUGAGACGAUCGAGGAUAUAAACAAGAACUACAAAGAAGGUGAUGACAUCAAAGUUGCAGCAACGAUUACUGCGCACCAUCUUCUGCUCACUAUUGAUAACUGGGCAGGAAAUCCCAUCAAUUUCUGCAAGCCGGUGGCCAAACUACCUGACGACAAGAGAGCAUUAGUUGCAGCCGCUACUUCAGGAAAACCAUAUUUCUUUUUUGGAUCGGAUUCGGCACCUCAUCCCAUAGACGCAAAAGCUCGUCAUGUCGGAGUAUGUGCCGGAGUCUACACCCAGUCACACGCCAUCUCCUACGUUGCCAGCAUCUUUGAAAAACACCAGGCACUCGACAACAUCAAAGGAUUUGUGGCAGAUUUUGGAAAAAAGUUCUACGAAAUAGAGGAAAAAGAUGUCGUAAACCACGACCACUGUGUGCUCGUUAAGCGAGAAAUUACAGUGCCCCAAGUAAUUGGUGCGGACGGUUUGAACGUUGUUCCAUUCUUGGCGGGUGAAGCACUUCAGUGGUCUGUGCAGUGGAAGUAA